AUGUCUUAUACUUUUUUAAAAUCAUCACCAAGAAAAAGUUUUAGUAGAUCAACAAGAAAUACUCCUUAUGAAAAUGUCCCAAUUUAUUCAAUAAAAGAUAUAGAAUCAUAUAAAUGUUGUUAUUUAUUUACAAUUAAAUAUACGUUGAGUUUAAAAAUAUUUAUAGUUAUAUAUAUUCUUAUGGCUAUUAUUGGAUUGUGUUUUGGUAUGGUAUCAACAAUUGUUUGGUUAAUAAUACCAAUUUGUGUAGUAACAACUACAUUAAUUGGAAUUAUUCAAAAAAAACAUCGUUAUAUAUAUCCAUUUUUAAUAAUAACUGUAGUUCAUUUAAUUAUUUCGAUAUUUAUGACUAUUAUUGUUCUUUUAUACUCAUUUUUUUCUUAUAUUUCAUUAAAAUUAUUAGUUGCAAAAAAUUUAAAUAGAUCACCUACGCAAAAUGAUAUGGUAAUUUUUAUUGCUUCAACAAUAUUCAUUUGUUUAAUUAUAACAGUAUUACAUUUAUUUCAAAUUCAUGUAAUUUAUGGAUGUAUGAAAUAUUAUGAAACAUUAAUAUAUUCUUCUCAAAAACAAUCACAGAAUAUAGAAAAUAAUGAUCAAAACCAAAGAUUUUUGUUACCAUUUUAUAAAGAAAAAAGUAAUUGUUUAAAUAUAUAUUCAAACCAUGAAAAAUAUUUUGUUCCAUAUUUGUAG